UUACUUUUACUAAAAACGGAAGUUUUGGCGGCUAAUUUUCAUAAUAUCCAAACCAACCAUGGAUAUGUUUUGGAGUGAGAAAUUUUGGUUUCCCGAAGGAGUAACUUGGUUAGAUUUGCGAAAUGAAGACCCAAAUAUUUAUAUUCCACAGAUUGAAGAUAUAGGAUUACUAUCGAUGUUUAUCGGACUUGUUCUUCUUAUCAUUCGGUUCUUGUCCGAGAGGUUGAUAGUGAUUCCUAUUGCAAAAUGUUUGGGAAUCAGGGUGAGGAAGAGCCUCCCCCUGUCUCAUGUUCCCAAGCUGGAAAAGCUGUACAAAUCCAAGAAGACAACUACUAAAUCCAUCAAGGAGGUCACAAAGAAGACAGAGUUGUCGGAGAGACAGGUGCUGCGCUGGCUCAGACGACGGGGGAAGCAGGACAGUCCCAGUACCAUGCAAAAAUUCACCGAGUGCAGCUACCACUUCAUGUUCUACAGUGCCAUGUUUAUUUACGGCGUAUGUGUAUUAUGGGAUAAACCUUGGUUCUGGGAGACAAAGAAUUGUUGGAUUGGUUGGCCCAAACAGCACGUAUCCCAGGGUGCCUACUGGUUUUACAUGAUCGAGCUCGGCUUCUACUGGAGUUUGACUUUCACCUUACUAUCUGACCACAAACGAAAGGACUUUAAAGAGAUGGUGGUCCACCAUCUGGUAACCAUAGCGCUGCUGUACUUCUCUUGGUGCUGUAACUUUGUGAGGAUCGGUACGCUGGUUCUCGUGGUUCAUGAUGCCGUGGACUACUGGAUGGCGGCAGCCAAAAUGGCUAAAUACUGCAAGCGACAGAUGCUGUGUGAAUUCUUUUUCGUUGUCUUUGUCAUUGUAUGGAUCAUCACCCGGCUUAUCAUAUAUCCAUUCUGGGUGGUUUACUCAUCCAGUGUUGAGGUUUACCAGAUAGUGGGACACUUCUACUCAGCUUACUUCUUCAACAUUCUGUUGGUGGUUCUACAAAUCCUGCACAUCUUGUGGAGCUACAUGAUCUUCAAGAUUAUCAUGCAGAAGUUUACCGAGGGAGAGCUCAAAAAGGACAGCCGCAGUGAAUCGGAGUCCAGUACAGAUGACGACACCACCGCCUCCGAAGAUGCCACUGAAUCACCUCAAAAACGCCGUGUGGUACCCAGACAGAGAUCCAAAGGCGUCAAGGAUAACUCCUAUUAGAGCACCACAAGAUGUCACCAUUGGAACAUUCCCUCGGGCUUUGCUUUGAUUCUUUGGUUAGAAUUAUGUGCUUUGAAUCUUAGAUGGAUAUAUGAAGGCUGGUUUUGCUCAGAAUUUUUCUGAUUUCUUCUGAAUGUGUACAUAUGCAAAUAGUCGUAAUUUAUUUUUAUUUUUUUGUAUUUCCUCAUAGAAUGGAAAAUGUGCUAGAGUGUGCAUUGAACAAAUUUUUCUUUAUAAUGAUGUUGGUAUAAAACUUCAAUGGUAGUUCUCUUUGAAACGCUAAUUUUUACAGGUUUUUUUUUUUUAAAGCUGCAAUGAAAAUCUGCCUUCUUGUAGUAAAGAGUUCGAUCAUACUGAAAAAGACUUCAUGGUAAUGUGUUCAAAUUAUUUUUAAGGAACAAAAAUUGAAUCUCCUAUUAUGCAAUUGUUAUUUAAAGAAAACAUACAGAGUCAAAUUUUACAUCUAUUUCUAGAACUGUGUCUGCACCUUAACAUAAUCAUUGGAUGAACUAAUUUCUCUUUGAAACAUUUAAUCUAAUGUACACCAAAUAAAAAAAACUCAAGUCUUUUCAUUUUGACCAAAAUGUAUAUUAUACAAAGAAAUUACAUUUACAGUCAUUGAUUUUGUUAAUGCUUUCUUCCCAACAGCAAUGACACCGUUUACUGUAAGAGCAGAAAUAUUCGUUGAGGAUUUAAUUUCGUAAUUUUCAUUGGCAGAAUGAAUCAAUUUAAUUAAAUUCAUGAUGAUUUUUUAACCCAUGUAUUAAUUAAUACAGAAUUGAUAUGUGAUACAUUUUAGAGAUUACGAAAUGAGGAAAUUAAAUGCCAAUGAAAUUUUAUUUGGCUGAAAAAACAGUGACUUUUUUAAAGCAAUUUGAGCUGCAAUUUUAUUGCCGGAAUAUCUUUUUCACGAAAAUGUUAUUUUCUACAAAAAUGACAAAAAUAUCAUGGUUUUUAAAGUUCUGUUAGCCAUAUUUUCAUUGGAAAAGGCCGUUAAGAAGCUUAAUUGAUGCAAAGUUGAAUUAUUGUCUUCCUGUACAAAAAUUGAUCCGCUAUAUGUUCCUUAGAAGAGAAAUCUUUCUUCUGGCGAAAAUUAAUGACUCUUUCAAAUCUUAAUUAUCAUUAGAGUUUAAGUUACACGCAGACUAAUCAUACUAGCAGCUUUUUGCAGCGAAAUAAACUUCUAAAAAAGUACAGCUCAUAUUGCUUUAAACUCUACGAAAAUAUGCAUGUGCUUCUACAGUAUAUCCAUGCAUUCAGAAUGACAUUGUGUUCAGCAUAUGCACCCUUUAUUUCUCUGGGUUUUUUUAAACAGGUUUGAUGGUCAACAAAUCACCCAUUAAAUAUUUACUAAGAUUUUAAAAAUGACAUUGAUACUUUUGGCCAUAAACAUUUAUGAGUACUAAAGAAGAAUCUAAGUAGGGUUUAAAGCUUGAAUAUUUCCUAUAACAUGUUAAUACAGAGCUCUUUAACAAAAGGAGAUUAUUCAAGUCAUAAAUGUUCUGUGAUCAUUCAGUCCUUUUAUUGACAUAUUCAUUAAUUUUUGCACAUUUACAUUUAGGUGAGUACUGGUAAUAUGUAUUUGUUUGUUUUGAAAAUGAAAAUAACUGCCCCAAAAUUUAUAUGAUAAUGAUACAAAUCCAAAGGUAUGCUUUAAUUAAUAUUAUUUCAGUGGCUUUAUAGAUGAUAGUGAGUUUUACAAGUUUUCAUAUUUUUUUCUUAACAUCCAAGGCUGUUUUGUAGUUCAUAAUUCUUAUUUACCA